GUAACCUGUCACCAUAUGUUUUCUUAAGAGAGUGAGAGAGAGAGAGAGAGAAAACUAGCGGGUUAACACGUGAAAGAAUUAAAACCAAAACAAAUGAAGUUCAGUACAAGUUGCCAAUAAGAAACCAUGUCCAAGGAGCCAGAGAUUGCCAAAGAUGCAGUUCUCAAAAGAAGUGAGGCUAUAGCCGAGGGAACGCCACAAGUUGUGGGCUAUGAUUUCAAUAACGGGGUAGAUUACAGCAAAUUAUUUGAGUCGUAUGUAAACACCGGAUUUCAGGCGACAAAUUUGGGAUUAGCAAUAAAGGAGAUAAAUAGGAUGUUAGAAUGCCGUUCUCAACCGUUGACCGAUGAAGAGCAAGAUGUUCAUGAGACUGAUGAGUUCAUUAGACGAAAGCAUAAGUGCACUUUGUUUUUGGGUUACACCUCCAAUUUGGUGUCAUCUGGAAUGCGAGAAACUUUACGAUUUCUAGUGGAGCACAAUAUGGUUGAUUGUGUGGUAACAACUGCGGGAGGUGUUGAAGAGGAUUUUAUUAAAUGUUUGGCUCCUACAUAUUUGGGUUCCUUUGAAUUGUCUGGUCGAGAUUUGAGAGAUCGUGGCAUAAAUCGAAUAGGAAAUUUAUUAGUUCCCAAUGACAACUACUGUAAAUUUGAAGAUUGGCUUAUGCCUAUCUUGGAUGAAAUGUUGGAGGAGCAGAAGACAAAAGGCACAGUGUGGUCACCCUCUCGUAUCAUACACCGUUUAGGUGAAAAAAUCAACAAUACAUCGUCCAUAUAUUAUUGGGCUGCUAAGAACAAAAUACCAGUUUUUUGUCCUGCCUUGACUGAUGGUAGCCUUGGUGAUAUGAUGUAUUUUCAUUCAUUUCGUCAUCCCGGCUUAGUUGUUGACAUUCUGUCCGACUUGAGACGACUCAACACUAUGGCAGUGAAGGCUACAAAUUCGGGCAUGAUAAUCAUUGGAGGUGGUGUUAUUAAGCAUCAUAUAUGUAAUGCCAAUCUGAUGCGUAAUGGUGCAGAUUUCUCUGUAUUUAUCAAUACAGCUUCGGAAUUUGAUGGCAGUGAUAGUGGAGCUAGGCCAGAUGAGGCAAUAUCAUGGGGUAAAAUACGAAAAGAUGCCGCUCCUGUAAAGGUGUAUGCUGAGGCCAGUCUAGUGUUUCCUAUUAUAGUUGCUGAAACAUUUGCAAAGAAAAAAAUUGACAAAACUAAUAAAUAAACCAUAAGUGUAAACCUCUUUGCUUUACA